CACUCAGGUUUCAGAAAUGUCCACCUCCAGCAAUGUUCUGUCUGAAGAGCAGUUCCUGUGCUCUGUCUGUCUGGAUGUGUUCACUGAGCCAGUCUCUAUUCCAUGUGGACACAACUUCUGCAAGGCCUGUAUCAGUGAAUACUGGAACACCACUGUCCUGUGCCAGUGUCCACUGUGUAAGGACACAUUCAACAGAAGACCUGACCUAAACACCAACACAACACUCAGAGAUGUUGCAGAUCAUUUUAAGAGGAUGAAGGUCACCGACAGAGAGGAGUCCUCUUCCAAGCCUGGAGAAGUAGCACAAGUGCAGCAGAUGAUCCAGGAGCGACAGGAUCCUGAGCUGAGGAGGUUACGGCAGUGGUCAGUGGAUGUGACUCUGGAUCCUGAUACAGCACACUGCAAGCUCAUUGUGUCGGAGGACAGGAAACAAGUGAGCUAUGGAGACGUACGGCAGAUUCUCCCUGACCUCCCAGAGAGGUUUGAAUGUUAUCUAUCGGUCCUGGGAAAGGAGGGCUUCUCCUCAGGGAGAUUCUACUUUGAGGUUCAGGUGAGAGGGAAGAUUGAAUGGCAGGUAGGAGUGGCCAGAGAGUCCAUCAUCAGGAAGGGCCCAACGGCUGUAAGCCCUGAGGGUGGACUCUGGGCUCUGUAUAUGAAUAGGAAUAAGUAUAUAGCCAAGGACACACCCCCUAUCCCCCUCUUCCUGAGUCAGAAACCCCAGAAGGUGGGGGUGUUUGUGGAUUACAAGGAGGGUCAGAUCUCCUUUUAUGAUGUAGAAAACAUGUCUCAUAUCUACUCUUUCACUGGUUGUACCUUCACUGAGAAACUAUAUCCAUACUUGAACCCCUGUGAUAAUGAAGAGGGUCCAAACUCAGCCCCAUUGGUCAUCUCUCCUGUCAAUCACACUGACUGAAUUGAUGUCCAAUAAGGCAACAGAUGACAAUCUGAUGGAGCAAAUAACAAUUAGACGAACACAUCCAAUUGUAAAGAGUGUUGAUAAUAAUGGGGCACGUUCCAGAGGGUCUGCCAUGCAAUCACAAACUAAUUUCACAACACCUGGACAGGUGUUUAACAACAUGUCAGAAACCACAUCAAUAUAAUAUUAUAAUCUGAAGCAUGACUGCAAUGUAUCUAACGUGGUGUUCAAUGAUUGGGUCAUUUGGGUCAUUUGUGCAGCAUGACUUCUUUGCGGCCUGUUUAGACAAUGAUGUUUGAUAUGGUUUUGGUGUUAAAAUCAGAGGAUAAUGCUUGAAAUCUGAUCUACAGUAGAAUAUUGUUAAAGUUAGUCUGACUUCGUUCCCAUUUAUUUUUCUCAUUCAGUGUUGGGAUCUUGUUCGGGUUCAUUUGGGAGUAGGUUGUACUGAAUUAGAUACAUUUAGCAGGAUGCAUCGAAUUUAUUGUGCAAUGUAUCUUUUAAUCGUACAUGAACCCUGUCAAAUAAACAUAAUAAAUAUGUUUGUUUGGUUCAAUAAAAUAAUAACAUACAGCUAAAUGUUUAGUAAAAAAGGAGAUUAGCAUCCUGUUGGAGGUAGAAGGUUAAGCUUCCCAGAGCACAGUGGAAGAGAGGGAUGACUGCAGCAGUGGCUUCUGAGGCCCACACUGACCUCUAGAUGUGGCCCCUCCCCCUCCAGACACCAGGGUUAAAAACACACACAGGCCCUGGUGUCAUUUGAGACACAAGAAGGAACUAACACCUUCACUGGACUGAUACAAUUAUACACGACUCGAAAACACGCACGCACACACCAAACGUGCACGCACACACCAAACGUGUACGCACACACCAAACGUGCACGCACACACCAAACGUGCACGCACACACCAAACGUGCACACACACAGCUAGUUCUCAUUUACCUGUACAACUUUAAAAUGGACAAAUAAACUAAACCAAGCACAGAGAAUGUGAAACAGUUAAGUCAAAUCAAAUUUUAUUGGUCACAUACACAUGGUUAGCAGAUGUUAUUGGUCACAUAC